AUGGAGACCGUCAAGAACGCCGCUCAGUACGUCAGUGAGACCGUCCAAGGCACUGGUGCCGAAGCCUCCAAGGAGGGCAACAAGCAGGUUGCCAAGGACAACGAUGCCAACAUCAGCACUCGCGCCUCCGCCGCCAAGGAUGCUCUGGUCGACAAGAAGGACGAAGUGUCCCACGACACCAAGGCCGAUGUCAACAAGGAGAAGGCUAAGAACUAA